AUGAAGCUCCCGCUGCUCUGUGUCCUCGCUUGUCUCUGCACGCAUGGCUUGGCCGCGCCCGACAACGAGACUAACGUGGCUCCGGGCGGCAGGGCGACGCAGUCCAGCAACGAGCGUUCGGCCGGUCGGGCCGUGGAUGGGAAGACCGGGGACAAGGACUCGUGCGCGGUCACCGACUCUGACACCGACCCCUGGUGGAGACUGGAUCUGCUGGAGAAACAUCAGGUCUGGUCGGUCAGAAUCACCAACACGGACGGAGAUCCCCGCGCGGACAUCGAUGGCGCAGAUAUCCGCAUCGGGGAUUCCUUCCACAACCACGGCAACGACAACCCCAGGUGCGCCGCCAUCAGCUCCAUCGGCCUGAACGCGGUGGAGAGCUUCGACUGCGGCGGCAUGCAAGGCCGCUUCGUCAACGUGGUGCGGCGAGGGAAGAGGGAACGCCUCACUCUGUGCGAGGUGGAGGUGUUCGCUCAGCCGCUGUUCCUGAUUCGAGCUUGCUGA